AUGAUUGACCCGCAUACAAUCAAGUACAUUUCAGGAUAGAUUAAUGAGGAUACUAUUUUUCAAGAUAAAAAGCGUAGAAGCGAAAUGAUACGCAUAAUGAUACAGACAAUGCAUAACCUUGGAUUGGUUUAAUCUGCAGAAACUCUGUAAAAAGAAUCAAGCAUCAAUUUAGACUCAGAUAUAUUGCAUGGCUUUAAGUAAUCCAUUUUAAAUGCUGAGUGGAACAAAGCUUUAGAAUAUUUAGAAAAGACGAAUGCAGACAAAGAAUCCUUUUUUAAAGCUCAACAACUGAUAAUUUAAUAAAAAUACAUUGAGCUUCUUGAACAAAAGGACAUAGAAAAUGCAUUAAAAGUUCUUAGAGAAGAGCUUUCUUAUUUAAUCAAUGAUUAGCAAUAUCUUUUUAAGCUUUCAUCUCUCUUAAUCUGCAGAAAUUCGAAAGAAAUGUAUGAAAAAAUAGGAUUCAAUCGAUCUCAAUCUAAUUCUAGAAGCUCUCUAAUAGAGCUCAUUUAAGAUCAGUGCAAUAUUCCAGGAUUGAUGCAAUCAAGAGUUAUGGAAAAACUGGUCAAAGAAAGUCUUAUAUUCUAAACACUUCAGUGUCCUUGUCAUAUUUAGAAUUCUCACGAAAGCAUAUGCUUGGUUUAAGAUCAUGUUUGUAGACAGCUUUAGUCACCUUAAGAGCUUGUAGAAACAAAAAAAGAACAUAAAUCAGAAGUUACACUCAUUAAAUUCAACAGAUAAGGAAGCAUGCUUGUUAGUGUUGGAUUAGAAAGAGAAAUUUUUAUUUGGAAAUAUGAUCCUAAGUCACAUAAACUAACUUAUCACUAAAAAAUACCUUAAGAAAAAUCUAGGCAAUUGUAAGUGGAGAUAACAAGUAUAGAAUUCGAUAAUACUGAUUAAUAUCUCGCCAUUGGAUAUGAUGAUGGCAAAAUUAUAAUUUAUAACACUGUAAAAUUUGAUUAGUAGUAGAUUACAAAUAUGUCCCAAAUUUAUCAUUAAGCUCCUGUUCUUACACUAGCUUAUCAUCCUUAAACUAAUAGCCUAUACUCUGCUGGAGCUGAUCCUUAUAUGUUAGUUUUCUCUAAUAAUGGAAAAGAACUAGAAAAAAAGAUUCCCUCAACGAAAACUAAAGACAUGAAGUUCAUAAACAAAGGAAAUCAAUUAGUCUAACUAAGUGCAUGUAAGCCAGUAGUUAGUAUUUUUGAUUUAGCCUCAGAACAAGUUCUUUAUCAAAUUCAAGAAGAAGAAUGCAUUUUAUCAAUGAAUGUCAGUUUCAAUGAGAAAUUCCUUUUGGUCAACACAUCCUAAAAAGAACCGGAAUUGCACUUGUGGGAUUUAGAACUAAGAGAAUAAGUAAAUACAUACAAAGGGCAUUAAUAGCGAGAAUUUUAAUUAGGAUGUACGUUUGGAGGAAAUGAUGAUAUGUUUGUGGUGUAGGGUUGCGAAACAGGCAAUAUUUUUAUUUGGUAAACCUUUAAUAGCAAAUUCAUUACUUAAAUCAAGGCGCACCUUCUCAAUAAAGCUGUUAAUUAAGUCAUCUUUCACCCCAUCGAUAAAACUACCAUGAUUUCCUGUUCAGAUGACCAAACAAUAAAAGUCUGGACUUCUGAAAUUAUUACUCAAUAACAAAAUUAACAAACAGCUGAAAUUUAUUCUAUUCACGAAGAAGAUGAAGAUGUAACUAUUACGGGGAUAAGGUAACCGGGAGCUAGACUAGAUGCAGAUGAUAAUGAAGAUAUGGACUAAGUCGAAUUCAACUUGAGAAAUCCCAGUGAUAAUGGUGAAGAAGAUGAAGAAGAGGAAGAUGACGAUAACUAAGUAGAAGAUGAUGACGAUGUAGAUGAUGAAGAAGAUAUUUACGAAGACGAUUAGCACAAUAGCUAAAUGGAAGAAGAGGAAGAAGAGGAUGAAGAAGAAGAAGAUGAAGGUCAUGAAGAUUUUGACGUUGAUGAAGGAACUGAAGAAAUUGAUGAUGAAUGCUCUUAAUAUGAAAAUCAGCAAAACCCCUAACCGUGA